AUGAAAUAUUACAUAAAAAAAGAGCGCGGCAAUGAAAGAAAAUUGUUGAGGUGUAAAAGGAAAGGGUGUCAAACCACUCAAAGCAUAAGAAAAAAUAAUAGUUUUUGGACGUACAUUGACAAAAAUGGCCGAAACAAUAGUGGAUUGAGCAUCGGUGCACAACUUGAACUGGUCUAUUAUUGGUGUCAAAAUAUUAAACAGACUACAAUUACAAGUUUAACCGGUAGAUCACAUAAUACAGUGUGUGACUGGAUGAACUUGUGCCGUAAUGUACCUGUCAGAAUGUUCGAAAAUCGUUCUAAGUUGGGAGGACUCGGAAUAGUGAUCCAAGUUGACGAAUGCUUAUUAAGAGGAUCGAGGAAAAAUAAUAAAGGUCGACUUCGACUUGCAGAUUUACCAGCCGAAAAUCUUAACGUCGACUCGGAAAAUGUUAAUCCUUUAGAACACGGAGCAAGAAACUACGGAAAACGGCUUGAUCGACCAUGGGUAUUCGGCUUGUGGGACAAUAAAGAAGGAAGGUAUUUUGUUGUCCAAAAAAGGGACAAAACGACUUUACACGAAAUCAUACAAAGAGAGGUUAUUGCUGGGUCUAUAAUACAUUCCGAUGGCUGGUCAGGGUAUAAUGGACUCUCGGACCACGGGUACAACCGCUAUGUUGUAAAUCAUAGCGAAAAUUUCGUAGAUCCAAUAUCCAAGGCACAUACCCAGAGAAUCGAAAGUUUAUGGCGGCCUCUAAGACUGAAAAUCGUGAAAAAUAUGUGUGGUACAACUCCAGAUUUGCUUCCAAGGUAUCUCAUUGAAACGUGGUGGAGAGGAAUUAAUAAAAGUGACACAUUUAACGCUUUUCUGAGGGACAUGGCACAAGUAUUUUAAUAUUUAUUUAAAAUAUUAUUUAAUUUUUUUUAUUUCAUUUUAUAUUUAUUAUUUAUAAUUAUUAUUGAAACAAAUAACGAGACGGCGA